GAUCGAGGCACAAGCGGCGACUCGCGACUGGUCAGGACGCACGGACCCUUCAUCCCCUUCUCUGCCUGAAACAACCAUCUUUUUGUAAAGUCCCUGGACAGCGACACAUUGACCUUCUGCUGCUCCUCGUGCAUUUUCAUAGAUUUGUCUCUUUUCUUAAAAAAGGCAAAACUAAGUGUCUGGGAUAUUUGUGCUUUUUCCUGGGCUGAUCAUUUUUUUUGGGCUGGCUGAGAGAUUCUGCACAGGAGAAGAUAAACACCCCCCCCCCCCUCUCCUCUCCUCGCCUGGUCUCCAUCAUCACAGGGAAAAAGUGAAGACUGGUGUUUUUCCCAGUCACGUGUAGAGACGUUGGGACUAUUGCCGCUCACAUCCGUCCACUGGCUCCGUGUCUUCACACACCAGAUUGUGCGCCACGGCUCGAUAAGAGGAGGAAUACCGAGGCUGCAAUAACAAGCGGAAAAUCCAUCACAACUCCACCAUGGGCUGCCCCCGCUUGUGGAACGCGUUCGCUGGCGUGAUCCUGGUUCUGCUGUCGAAAGGGUCCAGUUUGCACGGGGCGGAGUUCGGACACCUGCCGGAUAACAUCACGGUGCUGGAGGGAGAGAGCGUCAUCCUGAGAUGCCGGAUCAACGAGGAGGUCACCCACAAGGCCUGGCUCAACCGCUCCAACAUCCUGUUCGCCGGGAAAGACAAGUGGUCGCUGGACAAACGCGUGACGAUGGUGAACAGCAACGACAGCGACUUCUCCAUCAACAUCGAGAACGUGCAAGUGACCGACGAGGGGCCCUACACCUGCACCUUCCAGGCCAACAACAAGCCCCACAUCGCCCACGUCUACCUCAUCGUCCAAGUGCCGGCCAGAAUCGUCAACAUCUCAAAGAACGUGUCCGUGAACGAGGGGGAGAACGUGAACCUCCACUGUCUGGCAGUGGGUCGGCCCGAGCCCACCGUCACCUGGAAGGACCAGAAAUGCCGGUGGAGAGUGACAACACCCUGAGGAUCAAAAACGAGAAGACGCGCUCGCUGCUGCUUUUCACCAACGUGACGGAGAAACACUUUGGCAACUACACCUGCUUCGCCUCAAACCGCCUGGGCGCCUCCAACGCCAGCAUGCUGCUGUUCCGACCGGGGGCCAUCAGCGGGCGAGCGACGGCCUCACAGGCAGGGAUGAGCGCCGGCGUGUGGGUUUCUCUCGUUGCCGCUCUUCUGCUGAAGAUGUAAAGGACGGAGCGUCGUGUGGAAUCGUCCCUAAAUGCCCCCG